GGGAGAUCGGCCAAAAGCGACAGCAACAACAACUACAACUAAUACUACAACAACAACAACUAACGCAGCAGCCGCCGCAAUGGCAGCAACCGCUCCGGAAGACCCAGCCCAAGCCAACGGGACUGGCCAGGGCAGCGGCAACGGCAACGGCAAUGGCAACGGCAAUGGCAACGGCAAUGGGAAUGGCAAUGGCAAUGGCCAUGGGAAUGGCAACGGCACUGGAGGCAACGAUCCGCCCCAGGAGCCCGGCCAGGCCCAGGUGUCGACGGUCAAGCUGCCAACGCCCAGCCAUGUGGACGGGGAUGCGGAUGGCGGAGCAGCAGCUGGUCCCAGCGCUGCUGCUGGCGAGGCAGUCGACGAUGCGGCCACUGAUGCGGGCGCCAGCUCAUUGCCGCCGUCGGAAAUUGGCGGUCGUCCGCCGUUGGACACCGCCUGCUCGGAUGGCGGUGGCGCCUCGAGUCUGGCCGGCGGCAUCGUUGGGCCGCCCAGCCCGCUAACCGGCUGCUAUUUGCUGAUUGUGAUGGGCGAGCCGCACUCCGAGGAGCACAAGGACAACAUCUUGCAGCAUUUGCUCAAGGGUUUCCUGUCCUGGGACGUAUCCGAUUGUCAUGUCGACCUGGAGGAGGAGCUCAAUACAAUCACACAGCAUGCACCCGAGGGCGAGGAGGCGCGUCACGGUGAGCGACUCAUACAAUAUGCCAGCGAGAACCUAGUGACGGAGGUGCUCAUACAUCCGCAAUACAAUACGCUUAUACAAUGCAUGCGUAAUCUACUCAGUAGUUUUACGAGGCAUCGGCAUAUUAUACACGCUGGCUACACCUUUAGCGGCAACGGUUCUUGGAUCCUACAGGAUGGCACCUUCUCGGUGGCUGACUUUGCGGAGGCAUUUCAAGAGCACGACGUACAAAGGGUGAUACGUGCCUAUGCGGACACCAUAACGAUGAAUAUACACUGUGCUGACGCUGGUCUAUGGCACACAUUGCCGGAUAAGGUAUUUUCGCGACAGUGUAAAAUACGCAUCAAUCCGGUGGAUGUCCUGGACACCAGUAGCGAGUCCAUCAAUGGCUUUAUAGAUUAUCUAGCGCCAAUGGUGGUGCCAACGUCACUGCGUGAGCUGCUGGAGACGUCGGAUGUGGUGGGCAAUAUACGCUUCACACACCCAACGCUCUAUGUGUUUCCCGGGGGCCAGGGCGAUGCCGCUCUCUUUGGCAUCAACGGCUUUAAUAUGCUAGUUGAUGGCGGCUUCAAUCGAAAGGCCUGCUUCUGGGACUUUGCACGGCAUUUGGACCGGCUGGAUGCGGUGCUGAUGACGCGCCUGAACAACAGCAAUGUGCAGGGACUUGGGGCUGUGGUGUCACGCAAGCGGGACUCUCAUGUCUAUCCACAGAUUGGGCAUUUCUUUGGCAAUGUUCCCGAUCGGAAGGGUGGACUGCCCAGUCCUGAUGGCGACAAGGACCGUAAUCCACUGCUGAUCGAUCUCUUUGAGCGCGGUCACGCCUUGGUUAACGAUCUCAAGUCGCUUGACCUCAAGCCGCAGUGCUGCUAUCGCAAUCAAGAGCCUAUAAAUCUCUACCACAAGGUUGGUCACGGCACCCUGGAUAUGUAUGUGAUAAGUCCCUCACGGGACUCCAAAGAGGUCAAAGAGUUUCUACAAAAAUGGAAUUCCGGGGAUCAGCGCCUCUUCACCGCGCGCGACACCAAGGAGUUUAACUUCCCCCUGCAGAAUUUGGUAUCCAUUUGCGCGCUGCUUGUCUGGCAACCGGCUAACCCGGAUGAUACCAUUACGCGUAUCCUCUUCCCGGGCAGCACACCCGACUUUAAGAUCCAGGAGGGUCUGGAGAAGCUCAAGCAUCUCGAGUUCAUGAAGCACUCCACUUGCACAGCCAAGUCAAUAGCUCCAGCUAUACAAACAGUGACAAGUACCAGAAAGACACUAAAAUCAGCCAUUGAAGGCACGCCACCCAGCGCUAGCUACAAGCCCAGUAAAUUUGGUCCAACUGCCAUAGCAGCCGUGGCUGUGCAGCAGGACAACAAGGCAAAGGAAGCUAAGGAAGCAGCAGCAGCGGCAGCAGCAGCAGCUGCCGCAGCAACCGCUGCAGCUGCAACUGCUUUGGAAACACCUGGCGAUCAAGUGGAACGACCCACGCCGCUUUUGAGUGCUAAGGCGGACUCCAUAGACACGGAUGAGCCAGACGCUGAGCCUGAACCGGAGCUCGCUAUCGACACCGGUGACGAGGGCGCGCCAGAGCCUUCCGUUCCCUCCACGGAGCCAGCUGAGCACGAGGACAACAAGGACACUGAUGAGGAGAAAAAGGUGGAAGUGUUGAUUGUCAAGCCACAGCCGGCAGCUGCGCCUGUCAAGGACGCAGUCGAUGCAACCGCCACAGAAGCUAGCAGCAAGACAGCAAAGGCCGCCAAGGGCAAGCCGGACAAGCCUCGAGCGGAAGUCAAGCCAGUUGUACGCUCUAGAAUUGACAGCAAGCCGCCAAAAUCUAUGGACCGCAAGCUGGUGAAGCGUGAGGACAAAAAGAGCUCGCCUACGGCCACGCCAGCUGUAAGCCGAGCACCAGCUACGCGGGAUGUCAAGCCUAAGGUAAUGACACGCACCACCAAGUCGAGUCCCAGCAGCACACCUGCCAAGAGCGCCAAGGAGGCCAACAACCGCAAGGUGCUUGAGUCCAAGCAACAGGCGACCGCGGCUCGGCAGAGCACAGCCAGCACACGUCGCACUGUUGGCACCAUGGAGAAAAGGUCAGUGACGGAGACGAAGACAACGCAGCAAUCAACGAUGCAAGCAGCGCAGCGCAAGCCCAUCUCCCGAAGGCCACGAGGGGUCUCUCCUUCCAAGCGAGCUCCGGCCCCUGGCAGUCCCAUUAAGUCAGCUAAGCCAAAACCUGAUUUGAAGAAAUCACGACUGGAUAAGGGUGGUACCACAGACUCCAGCUUGGUGUCCACACCGUCCGCAGAUGAGGCGACAGCAGCCAAAAAGAUGUUAGAUCUAAGUGCCUCACAAGAGCUAGAUGCUGAAAAGCAACGGGAAUUGGAUGACCUCAAAGAGGAACAGGAAGUUGUGCGAGAAAUUGAGGCAGUUUUCAGUCGCGACGAGAUGAAACGGCAACACUUGAUCAAAGCGGAGCUGCGUGAGAUGGCGAAGCAGGACAGCACAACGGAGGCCGAGGAAGAGGAGGAAUAUUUAAUUAUUGAAAAGGAAGAGGUAGAACAGUAUACAGAGGACUCAAUUAUUGAGCAAGAGCAGGAGAGCAGCAUGACUAAGGAGGAAGAAAUUCAAAAGCAUCAGCGUGACUCGCAGGAGUCAGAAAAGAAGCGCAAGAAAAGUGCAGAGGAGGAAAUCGAAGCCGCCAUCGCAAAGGCUGAAGCCGAGGAGCGUAAGGCUCGUCUGGAGAGUAGUGAAGCAGCCAGGCAUGAGCCGCAUGAACAGUUACACAGCCCUGAGAAAACGGAAAUCAAGGCUGAGGUUCAAGAGAUCUUAUCCACUGCCAAGGACAUUGUCAAGUCUCGCACUGAAGAACUGCCCCAGGGCAAGCAUGCUGAAGAAGAAUUCUCUUCCCCUACUCCUGAUGAUAAGCUCAGUAGCGCCAAGAAAACUUCUGAUACUAAGGACGAGCUGAUUGAAGCUCCUGAGCUGCCGCCCAUUAACUUGCAAGAAAGUCUUCCAGAGGAAAAAUUCUCAGCUACAAUCGAAUCCGGAGCUACCACAGCUCCUACCCUACCAGAAGAUGAACGCAUUCCAUUGGACAAGAUUAAGGAAGACUUGGUCAUUGAGGAGAAAUAUGUCAAAGAAGAAACCAAGGAAAUCGAAUCGAUUGUUGUGGCUACCGUUGCAGUGCCUGUCGCAGCAACGACAGCGGCCUCCAUUAUCACGCCAACCGAAACUAAAAUAGUGGUUGGUACUGAGCCGCUUGCCGCUGGUAUGGAUUCUGCAGAGAGAGUCUUACCCAAGAAAAUGACAUUUGAGGCACAGCAGAAUCUAAUGCGAGAUGUUAUAAAAACACCUGAUGAGGUGGCAGACUUGCCCGUACAUGAGGAAGCUGAUCUUGGCCUAUAUGAAAAAGACACACAUGAAGCAGGAUCCAAGAGUAUUUCGCAUAAAGAAGAAACAGCCAAAGAAGAAAAAGAAACCGAAGAUGAAAAAGUUGUCAAAGAUAUUGAUGUGGAAGAGGCAGCCGAACAUAUUCCUGAGCCCGAGAUUAUUGCGAAGACAGAGGACACUACUAAGAUAGAAUUAGACGGAAAAAUUGCGGUCCCCAUAAUUCAAAAAACCGAUAUUAGUGAAACAAUUCCUGACAAGGAUAAAGUGGUGAUAGCCCAGGAGCAACCAGGCGAAAGAAUCGACAAGAAGCUGGCCAGUACACCAGAUGAAAAAGAAACUAGCGAUAUAACUUCCGAAGAUGAAUUGCCAGCACAUCCUAUCCAACCUACAGCUGUACCGACAAAAGUAAAGGAUCGUGAAGACACAGUAUCUCUAGAAAGCCCUGCAACAAUUGAAGAAGCCAUUGAGGUUGAAGUGAAAAUAUCGAAGAAGGAACUCCAUGACGUGGAAAUAACAAAGAAGGAAGUCCAUGAUAGCACAGGUGACCAAAAGAAAGAAACAACUAGAGUAUCACCAACUAUCAAACAAGCUAAGGCAGCAAUAGAACUAAGCCAGCAAAAGAAUUUACAAGAUGAAGAGAUUUCUCCUCUAAAAGACUUAGAGAAACUAGAGAUCUCAAAAGAUGAAGUAAUUUCAACAGAGCAGUCCCGUCGCGAAUCCAUUCAAGAAGGUACGAAGCCAGAAAACUUUAAAGGCGACAAGUCUUUACCAGCCUCUACGGAAGCAUCAAGACCUGAAUCAGUAGCCGACAGUGUGAAAGGUGAACAUGUGAAACUUGAAAGCGUCGACGAAAAGGCAACCAAACCAUCUGAGCGAGAAUCCAUUGCAGAGAGUAUUAAGCCAGAAAGCCAACCUGUCUCUCUGGAGCCAUCACGACCACAUUCCGUGGCAGAAAAUGCAAAAGAUGAUCACGAAAAACCCGAUAGUCCUAAGGAUGAGCAGUCUGCAGAGCCUUCGAGACGGGAAUCAGUUGCGGAGAGCUCAAAACCUGAAGGCUUAAAAGAUGAAAAGUCUUCACCUCUUUCUAAAGAAGCAUCACGACCAGGCUCUGUAUCCGAAAGUGUAAAAGAUGAGAAGGCAGAAAGUGUUAAGAACGAGAAGUCUGCAGAGCCCUCCAGGAGGGAAUCCGUUGCGGAGAGUACUAAACCCGAUAGCCUCAAAGAUGACAAGUCACUUCCUGCCUCCAAAGAGCCAUCAAGACCUGAGUCUGUCGCUGAAAGUGUGAAAGAUGAGCACGACAAACCAGAAAGCGUUAAGGAUGAUAAGUCUGGAGAGCCUUCCAGGAGAGAAUCCGUUGCGGAGAGCACUAAGCCCGAGAGUUUGAAGGACGACAAAUCCGUUCCUGCCUCCAAAGAGCCAUCAAGACCUCACUCUGUCACCGAAAGUGUGAAAGACGAGCACGAGAAGCCAGAAAGUGUUAGGGACGAUAAAUCUGGAGAGCCUUCAAGACGAGAAUCCGUUGCAGAGAGUACUAAACCCGAUAGCCUCAAAGAUGACAAGUCACUUCCUGCCUCCAAAGAGCCAUCAAGACCUGAGUCUGUCGCUGAAAGUGUGAAAGACGAGCACGAGAAACAAGAAAGCGUUAAGGAUGAAAAGUCUGGAGAGCCUUCCAGGAGAGAAUCCGUUGCGGAAAGUACUAAGCCCGAGAGUUUGAAGGACAACAAAUCGCUGCCUGUCUCCAAAGAACCUUCCCGCCCAGCCUCUGCUGUUGAGAGUGUGAAAGACGAGCAUGAGAAACCAGAAAGUGUUAAAGACGAGAGGUCUGGAGAGCCUUCCAGGAGAGAAUCCGUUGCGGAGAGUACUAAACCCGAUGGCCUCAAAGAUGAAAAGUCCCAUCCUGCCUCCAAAGAGCCAUCAAGACCUGAGUCUGUCGCCGAAAGCGUAAAAGACGAUCAUGAGAAACCAGAAAGUGUUAAGGAUGAAAAGUCCGAAGAGCCUUCGAGACGAGAAUCCGUUGCAGAGACUACUAAGGCAGAGAUUUUGAAGGACGACAAAUCGCUGCCCAUCUCCAAAGAGCCUUCCCGCUCAAGUUCUGUUGCUGAAAGUGUGAAAGACGAGCAUAUGAAGCCAGAAAGUGCUAGGGAUGAAAAGUCUGGAGAGCCUUCCAAGAGAGAACCCGUUGCGGAAAGUAUUAAGCUCGACAGCUUGAAAGAUGACGAGUCUCUGUCAGUCUCCAAGGAACCAUCACGCCCGGGCUCUGUGGUAGAAAGUGUUAAAGACGAGCAUGAGAAGCCAGAAAUUGUUAAGGACGAGAAGUCUGGAGAGCCUUCCAGGAGAGAAUCCGUUGUGGAGAGUACUAAACCCGAUAGCCUCAAAGAUGGCAAGUCACUUCCUGCCUCCAAAGAGCCAUCAAGACCUGAGUCUGUCGCUGAAAGUGUGAAAGAUGAGCAUGAGAAACCAGAAAGCGUUAAGGAUGAAAAGUCUGGAGAGCCUUCCAGGAGAGAAUCCGUUGCGGAGAGUACUAAACCCGAUAGCCUCAAAGAUGACAAGUCACUUCCUGCCUCUAAAGAGCCAUCAAGACCUGAGUCAGUCGCUGAAAGUGUGAAAUAUGAGCAUGAGAAACCAGAAAGCGUUAAGGACGAGAAGUCUGGAGAGCCUUCCAGGAGAGAAUCCGUUGCGGAAAGUAUUAAGCCCGAAAGCUUGAAAGAUGGUAAAUCUCUGCCAGUCUCCAAAGAGCCUUCCCGCCCAAGUUCUGUUGCUGAAAGUGUGAAAGACGAGCAUGAGAAGCCAGAAAGUGCUAGGGAUGAAAAGUCUGGAGAGCCUUCCAGGAGAGAAUCCGUUGCAGAAAGUAUUAAGCCCGACAGCUUGAAAGAUGACAAGUCUCUGCCAGUCUCCAAGGAACCAUCACGCCCAGGCUCUGUGGUAGAAAGUGUUAAAGACGAGAAUGAGAAGCCAAAAAUUGUUAAAGACGAGAAGUCUGGAGAGCCUUCCAGGAGAGAAUCCGUUGCGGAGAGUACUAAACCCGAUAGCCUCAAAGAUGACAAGUCACUUCCUGCCUCCAAAGAGCCAUCAAGACCUGAGUCUGUCGCUGAAAGUGUGAAAGAUGAGCAUGAGAAACCAGAAAGCGUUAAGGACGAGAAGUCUGGAGAGCCUUCCAGGAGAGAAUCCGUUGCGGGGAGUACUAAACCCGAUAGCCUCAAAGAUGACAAGUCACUUCCUGCCUCCAAAGAGCCAUCAAGACCUGAGUCUGUCGCUGAAAGUGUGAAAGAUGAGCAUGAGAAACCAGAAAGCGUUAAGGACGAGAAGUCUGGAGAGCCUUCCAGGAGAGAAUCCGUUGCGGAAAGUAUUAAGCCCGAAAGCUUGAAAGAUGGCAAAUCUCUGUCAGUCUCUAAAGAGCCUUCCCGCCCAAGUUCUGUUGCUGAAAGUGUGAAAGACGAGCAUGAGAAGCCAGAAAGUAUUAGGGAUGAAAAGUCUGGAGAGCCUUCCAGGAGAGAAUCCGUUGCAGAAAGUAUUAAGCCCGACAGCUUGAAAGAUGACAAGUCUCUGUCAGUCUCCAAGGAACCAUCACGGCCGGGCUCUGUGGUAGAAAGUGUGAAAGAUGAGCAUGAGAAACCAGAAAGUGUUAAGGACGAGAAGUCUGCAGAGCCCUCCAGGAGCGAAUCCGUUGUGGAGAGUACUAAACCCGAUAGCCUCAAAGAUGACAAGUCACUUCCUGCCUCCAAAGAGCCAUCAAGACCUGAGUCUGUCGCUGAAAGUGUGAAAGAUGAGCAUGAGAAACCAGAAAGCGUUAAGGAUGAAAAGUCUGGAGAGCCUUCGAGAAGAGAGUCCGUUGCUGAGAGUACUAAGGCCGAGAGUGUGAAGGACGACAAAUCGCUGCCCGUCUCCAAAGAACAUUCCCGACCAGCCUCUGCUGUUGAAAGUGCGAAAGACGAGCACGAGCAACCAGAAAGCGUUAGGGACGAAAAGUCAGGAAAGCCCUCCAGGAGAGAGUCCGUUGCGGAAAGUGUUAAACCCGACAGCUUGAAAGAUGAAAAGUCUCUACCCGUCUCCAAAGAUCCUUCCCGCCCUGGCUCUGCUGUUGAAAGUGUGACAGACGAGCACGAGAAGCCAGAAAGUGUUAAAGGCGAUAAGUCUGAAGAACCUUCCAGGAGAGAAUCCGUUGCGGAGAGUACUAAACCCGACAGCUUGAAAGAUGACAAGUCCCUUCCGGCCUCCAAAGAGCCAUCAAGACCUGAGUCUGUCGCUGAAAGUGUGAAAGAUGAGCACGACAAACCAGAAAGCGUUAAGGAUGAUAAGUCUGGAGAGCCUUCCAGGAGAGAAUCCGUUGCGGAGAGUAUUAAACCCUACAGCUUGAAAGAUGACAAGUCACUUCCUGCCUCCAAAGAGCCAUCAAGACCUGAGUCUGUCGCUGAAAGUGUGAAAGAUGAGCAUGAGAAACCAGAAAGCGUUAAGGAUGAAAAGUCUGGAGAGCCUUCGAGAAGAGAGUCCGUUGCUGAGAGUACUAAGGCCGAGAGUGUGAAGGACGACAAAUCGCUUUCCGUCUCCAAGGAACCUUCCCGACCAGCCUCUGCUGUUGAAAGUGUGAAAGACGAGCAUGAGAAACCAGAAAGCGUUAAGGAUGAAAAGUCUGGAGAGCCUUCAAGAAGAGAGUCCGUUGCUGAGAGUACUAAGGCCGAGAGUUUGAAGGACGACAAAUCACUGCCUGUCUCCAAAGAACCUUCUCGUCCAGGCUCUGCUGUUGAAAGUGUGAAAGAAGAGCAUGAGAAGCCUGAAAUUGUUAACGAUGAUAAAUCUGGAGAGCCUUCGAGACGAGAAUCCGUUGCGGAAAGUGUUAAGCCCGAGAGUUUGAAGGACGACAAAUCACUGCCUGUCUCCAAAGAACCUUCCCGCCCAGCCUCUGCUGUUGAAAGUGUGAAAGAUGAGCAUGAGAAACCAGAAAGCGUUAGGGACGAGAAGUCUGGAGAGCCUUCCAGGAGAGAAUCUGCGGCAGAAAGUGUAAAACCCGAGAGUUUGAAAGAUGACAAAUCGCUGCCUGUCUCUAAAGAACCUUCCCGCCCUGACUCUGCUGUUGAAAGUGUAAAAGACGAGCAUGAGAAACCAGAAAGCGUGAAGGAUGAAAAGUCUGGAGAGCCUUCCAGGAGAGAAUCCGUUGUUGAUAGUAUUAAGCCCGACAGCUUGCCCGUCUCCAAAGAACCUUCCCGCCCUGGCUCUGCUGUUGAGAGUGUGAAAGACGAGCACGAGAAGCCAGAAAGUGUUAAGGAUGAAAAGUCUGGAGAGCCCUCCAGAAGAGAGUCCGUUGCGGAAAGUGUUAAACCCGGCAGCUUAAAAGAUGAAAAGUCUCUACCCGUCUCCAAAGAACCUUCCCGCCCUGGCUCUGCUGUUGAGAGUGUGAAAGACGAGCAUGAGAAACCAGAAAGUGUUAAGGGCGAAAAGUCUGGAGAGCCCUCCAGGAGAGAGUCCGUUGCGGAAAGUGUUAAACCCGACAGCUCGAAAGAUGAGAAGUCCUUGCCCGUCUCCAAAGAACCUUCCCGCCCUGGCUCUGCUGUUGAGAGUGUGAAAGACGAGCACGAGAAGCCAGAAAGUGUUAAGGGCGAAAAGUCUGGAGAGCCCUCUAGGAGAGAGUCCGUUGCGGAAAGUGUUAAACCCGACAGCUCGAAAGAUGAAAAGUCUCUGCCCAUCUCCAAAGAACCUUCCCGCCCUGGCUCUGCUGUUGAAAGUGUGAAAGACGAGCACGAAACGCCAGAAAGUGUUAAGGACGAAAAGUCUGGAGAGCCCUCCAGGAGAGAAUCCGUUGCGGAAAGUAUUAAGCCCGACAGCUCGAAAGAUGAAAAGUCGCUACCAGUCUCCAAGGAACCAUCAAGGCCGGGCUCUGUGGUAGAAAGUGUGAAAGAUGAGCAUGAGAAGCAAGAAAGUGUUGAAGGUGAUAAGUCUGAAAAACCUUCCAGAAGAGAAUCCGUUGCGGAAAGUAUUAAACCCGACAGUUUUAGAGAUGAAAAGUCUAUCCCUGUCUCCAAAGAACCUUCCCGCCCUGGCUCUGCUGUUGAAAGUGUGAAAGACGAGCAUGAGAAGCCAGAAAGUGUUAAGGACGAAAAGUCUGGAGAGCCCUCCAGGAGAGAGUCCGUUGUGGAAAGUGUUAAACCCGACAGCUCAAAAGAUGAGAAGUCCUUGCCCGUUUCCAAAGAACCUUCCCGCCCUGGCUCUGCUGUUGAAAGUGUGAAAGACGAGCACCAGAAGCCAGAAAGUGUUAAGGACGAAAAGUCUGCACAGCCCUCCAGGAGAGAAUCCGUUGCGGAAAGCAUGAAACCCGACAGCUUGAAAGAUGACAAGUCUCUUCCCGUCUCCAAAGAAGCAUCACGACCAGGCUCUGCUGUUGAAAGUGUGAAAGACGAGCACGAGAAGCCAGAAAGUGUUAAGGAUGAAAAGUCUGGAGAGCCUUCAAGAAGAGAGUCCGUUGCUGAGAGUACUAAGGCCGAGAGUUUGAAGGACGACAAAUCACUGCCUGUCUCCAAAGAACCUUCUCGUCCAGGCUCUGCUGUUGAAAGUGUGAAAGAAGAGCAUGAGAAGCCUGAAAUUGUUAACGAUGAUAAAUCUGGAGAACCUUCGAGACGAGAAUCCGGUGCGGAAAGUGCUAAGCCCGACAGCUUGAAAGAUGAAAAGUCUCUGCCCGUCUCCAAAGAACCUUCCCGCCCUGGCUCUGCUGUUGAAAGUGUGAAAGACGAGCACGAGAAACUAGAAAGCGUUAAGGGCGAAAAUUCCGGAGAGCCUUCGAGAAGAGAGUCCGUUGCUGAAAGUACUAAGGCCGAGAGUGUGAAGGACGACAAAUCGCUGCCCGUCUCCAAAGAACCUUCCCGCCCAGCCUCUGCUGUUGAAAGUGUGAAAGACGAGCAUGAGAAACCAGAAAGUGUUAAGGACGAAAAGUCCGGAGAACCUUCAAGACGAGAAUCCGUUGCGGAAAGUGCUAAACCCGACAACUUGAAAGAUGAAAAGUCUCUGCCCGUCUCCAAAGAACCUUCCCGCCCUGGCUCUGCUGUUGAAAGUGUGAAAGACGUGCACGAUAAGCCAGAAAGUGUUAAAGACGAAAAGUCUGGAGAGCCCUCCAGAAGAGAGUCCGUUGCGGAAAGUAUUAAACCCGACAGCUUGAAAGAUGACAAGUCUCUUCCCGUCUCCAAAGAAGCAUCACGACCAGGCUCUGCUGUUGAAAGUGUGAAAGACGAGCACGAUAAGCCAGAAAGUGUUAAGGAUGAAAAGUCUGGAGAGCCCUUCAGGAGAGAAUCCGUUGCAGAUUGUAUUAAACCUGACAGCUCGAAAGAUGACAAGUCUCUUCCUGUUUCAAAGGAGACAUCACGACCGGGAUCCGUAGACGAAAGUGUAAAGGGUGAACAGGAACAACCUGAGGUGCUAAAAGACGACACAUCCGCAGAGCCUUCGCGGCGUGAAUCUGUUGCAGAAAGUACCAAAAUAGAAAGUACGAAAGAUGACAAGUCGCUUCCCGUAUCCAAGGAACCCACACGUCCGGGCUCGGUAGUAGAUAGUGUUGAUCAUGAAGAGCCCAAAGUAAUUUCACGUCCCGAAAGUGUACAGCAUGAAAUAAGUUUAUCUAAGGAAUUCUCUGCUCAGGACUCAGUUGUCGAGACUGCUUCUUCACCUAUAGAUGAAGCUAAGGACUUCGUACUCGCGGAUAAUGUAAAUAAAGAUACCUUAGUCUUAAAUUUAGACUCGAAGGGUGACUAUCCAACACUUUCGAGCCCUAUUGAUGUUGCUGAGGGUGACUUCGCAGUGGCAACUUCCCUGGCACCAAAGUCGGCAGAGUCAGAAGAUCAAAAGACGUCAAUUCCUGUCUCGAUUGGUGACACUGCAUCUUCACCAAUUGAUGAAGCAAAAGAUUUUAUACCAUCGGAUGGUAUAAAAAAAGAGACGUUCGUCCUAGCUAUGGAAUCAAAGAGCGACUUUCCAACCCUCUCAAGUCCUAUUGAUGUUGCUGAGGGUGACUUCUCAGUUUCAACAGCUAAGCCGCUUGAUGAUGAAUCUCCCAGCAAGUCAGUAUUAAACUCCAAGGAAGUAUCACGACCUGAAUCUGUACACGAAUCUUUAGCUGAAAGUCCAAAGGCAGACGAUAUUACUGAUUCGACUGUCAAAAAACCAGAAAAUGACAAAGACAAAAAGUCUGCUACUUCUUCCCGAAGUGGAUCUAUUGCAGAGAGCACAAAAGUUGAUGAUAAGUCUCUACUGCUUACCUCAAAGGAACCAUCGCGUCCAGCAUCAGUGGCUGAAAGUGUGAAAUCAAAGGAAUCUUCCCGUCCAACUUCAGUCGCGGAAACAGUAUCGUCACCAAUAGAUGAAGCAUCAAAAGAACCUUUUUCAUUAAUAUUGACAUCUACUGAAAUGAAUGCAAACUAUCCAACAGUGUCCAGCCCAGUAGAUAUUGCUGAAGGCGAGUUUUCCCACACCACAUCGGGGGCGAUGGAAAUAGAAAAGCCUGCCGAAGACGCCACUGUGGGAGCGAUACUAACGGCGUCCAGCCCAGUCGAUGUGGCAGAUAAUAUUUUAGAAUCGUUUACUACUUUUGAAGAACAUAUCAUUGAACAAAUAAGCCAACCUGAAUCUGAUGCAAUCAACUCGAGCAAAGGUACUCUAGAAUCGCUAACUGAUACGCUGAGUAAAAAGGCAGAGACUGUAAUUGAUGUAGUGAGCCAGAAACUAGAAAGCGGUAAGGAGCUAGUAGCAGAGUCACUGGAGGGAUCCAAAACAGAAACUAAAGCCGAAGAACAAGUGACAGAAAAUUCUACUACCAAGGGUAACUUAGACUUGAGUGGAUUUUCAGAGCUUCGAGAAACGCAUAUUACCACAGUUGACUCACCCGAAUUCACAGUAACCAUAUGCGAACGCGACGAGAGUAUUUUGCACGAUAUCAAGGAAGAGGAUGAGGAGCACAGAUUCUCGCCACCAACCGAAAAGGGAGCCAUUAUACCAGAGCAACCAAUGCGUCCCCUCUCGCCACGCGAAGAAGAAGUUGCCAAGAUAGUCGCCGAUGUAGCCAAGGUAUUGAAGUCCGACAAAGAUAUUACUGACAUUAUACCAGGAUUCAAUGAGAAGCAAUUGGAAGAAAAACUAAAAACCACUUCUGAACCUGAAACUGAGCCCACAGAUGAUUUAAAAACAAUCACACCAGAGGCUCUUUCGAGAAAAUUAAGUGCAACAAGGGACCUAUCGUUGGAUGAAAAGAUAUUGGAUAUCAAAAUGAUGAAGGUAGAUAUUGAGUCUGAAAAGUCAUCACCAGAUCAAAAGUCUGGGCCAAUUUCAAUUGAAGAGAAGGACAAAAUUGAGCAGUCCGAAAAAGCUCAGCUCCGAGAAGGAGCUGCCAAAAUGGCUGAUAUUGAAUUAGCCAAGGAUAUUUCCAGGCCGGAGUCCGUAACAAGCCAGCUGGGAGCAAUCGAGUCUUUAACAUCCCGAACGGAGUCCAUAACAAGCCAAAAAGAAGAAAAGUUGGAAGAAUCGACAAUUCUGUCAAGAGAAGCAUCACGACCCGAAUCAGUGGCUAGUUUGAAAGAGGAACUCGAUCAGAAGCAUGAAAAAUCGCCACCACUAUCUAAGGAUAUUUCCAGACCCGAGUCAAUUGUAAGCCACGUAAGUGAGAAGGAAACUGUCAGUGUAGAGUCGCAUUCCAGACGUGAGUCAGAAAUGUCUGUUGCUGACGGCGUGAAAGGAGAUGGAUCGGUUACAGCAAGCAAAGAUGCAACGCGGCCAGGAUCCGCAGCCAGCCACGUCAGCGAACAGUCAUCAGAGACAAAGAAAAGCCCCCACCCGGAAUCGAAAGAGAAGGAGCCUGAAUCUUCGCGGCCAGCAUCAAGUGCCAGUCAUAUCAGUGCCAAGGAUGAGCAGACUUCAGAGUCCCAACGCGAUUCAGUACUGAUAUCGACACUCGAAACCAAAAAGGAGGAAAAAUCAAGCGAAUCAACAAGUACAUCAAAGACUGUUAUAAGUCAAUCUCACUUAAAAGAAGAAUCUAUCAGCGAAUCUGUAUGUAGCAGCAUGAAGGCUGAGGACAGUUCACGGCGCGACUCAUUGUCCAGUCUGCUGACCGACAAGGAAAUCACCAAAUUGGUUACCUCUAGUGUUAAGGAAGAUACUGAACAUGUUACAAAGAUAACGGAAAAAACGACAACAUCCCAGUUGGAGGAGCUACUCAUUCAGUCCGAAGAGUGCUCAUCCGAGUCCAUAGUCAGCGAGAUUCAAACUACGAGCAGCCAGAAGCCAAGUAGUCAAAUCUCAAGUAAGGAAAUCACAAGUACAACUGUUCAGGAAUCAGUAAAGGACAGUCUCAAGGAAACGGUAGCUGAAUUUUUGGCAACGGAGAAAAUAGUUUCUGCCAAGGAAACCUUCAGCGCUGAGGCAACCAAAACCGCUGAUGACUGUCUAAAGAUGAUCUCCAGUGAAAUUACCUCCCAGAAGCCGUUGUUUGUCGGCACAGAUGAGUCGCGGCGUGAGUCGAUGCUUAGCCAGACAAGCGAGGGUCGACAAACCCACAGCGAUGUUGAGGAGGAUAGCGACGAUGACAGACAUGCCGGUCUAAAGGAAAGUCGCUCCAAGUCCAUUGCCACCAUCAUGAUGACCAGCAUCUAUAAGCCCUCCGAGGAGCUUGACACGAUUGGAGCGAUCAAAGAAGAGGAGACUAAAGAAGAGGACGAACAUGAGGCAUCCAAGGAGACAAAAACCACUUCCUCCACAGACACAACCACAUUGCUGCAAUCCUCUGAACAGAGCAGCAGCAGCACCACUACCACAACUAAAUCAACCGACUCGAAAACCAAAGUAGAGUCUAUAACACUAUUACACACACAAACACAGGCUGAGAAAGCAGUGGACGGCACAGAUCGCAAGACGCCGCCAACGGCACCGGUCAGUCCCAGUGUAAAGCCAAUGAGCACCACAAGCACCGCGGCCAGCAGCUCAGGCUGUGCCAAGAGUGAGUCUAGCGCUGCCAGCGUCGCAUCAACAUCGGGCCCAUUGUCGCCCAAAGAUAUUAGUGGUAAGUCUAGUCCUGGUGCUUUAACAUCUGAAAGUCAAUCCAUACCAACACCGCUAGGGCGUGAAUCACACACCGAGACGCCAGAGUCAUCACCCAAACCAACAUCUCCGUUCCCGCGUGUCAGCAAAGACGAGCUUAGGUCCUUAGGUGCAGUGGAGGAGCCCGAUUUAGCCGAGAUUGGAGUCGACUCCAGCGAGCUGCUGCCCGAACUGCACGAGCUGCGUGGCAUUGAGAGCACCACAGCGCUGAGUGGCAGCACCGAAAAGAUUAUCACGACUACCAUAACCACAGUCACCAAGGUCGUCUCCGCGGAUGGCAAGGAGAUUGUGACCGAGCAAAAGACAGUUACUACAACCGAUAGCUCUGAGCCAGAUAGCGAGAAGGUCGUGGUAACCACAACGCGCACCACCAGCGAGAGCGAGAAGAGCGAGCGUGAGCGCGAUCAAAUGCUACCCAAGGAGGUGGCUGUGCUGCGUGGCACUUAUCGCUCCAGCACACCCGGCAGUGAUGAUGAGCGUCUGGCCGGCGCUAUGAGCGAUGAUGACUUGCCAGGCACACCACGCAGCACCAGCUAUGAUCUGCAGCGCUCCAGCUCUGGGGUGAGCAAGCGCUCGGAUCUGGAUGGCGAGGACAGUCAGGAUGAUAUACCGCCUCAAUACGGCAGCGAAGAGCAUUCCACUGCGCGCGCCAUUCUGCCGCCCCGCACUGCUGAUCCCAUGGCAACCUCAUUCUAUGGCGCACUUCCCGAUAGUUUUGAUGGCAAGCCCAGCACAGAGCCCAUACCGAUACGGGGUGCCGUGCUGAUGACCUACACAGACUCACCGCCAGCCAGUCAAUCGUCGGAGAGUGUGGAGAGCACCAGCCAAACCUGGGCCGGACAUAAAUUCCUGGAUGAGGCCGACAAGGACUUCCAGAAGGCACUCGAGGAGCAUGUGCAGGCGCGCGGCGCCGAGGUGAUGUCUUCCGUGACCGCCAAGUAUUCCUACUCGCCUUCCAAGGCCGAGGAGGUCGAGCAAAUUGUCAGCAGCACUGCCGAGCGACAACGUUUCCCCCUCAGUGAUGUCCACAAGGUACGCAGCGGCGACAAUCUCUUGGCUAGUUUUGGCACCCUAAGUCCAGCUGGUGGAAGCCAGCAAGCAGCAAGCACUGCAACCACCACUGGCACUGCCACACCGUCAACAGCAACAGCUGCAGCAACAACUGCAGCAACAUCAGCAACAACUGCAGCAAUAACUGCAACAGCUGCAGCAACAACUGCAGCAACAACAACAGCAACAACAACAGCUAGCACAAGCAGCACUACCGGCACUCUGCCAAAGGAUCGACUUGAGGAAUGGGGCAAACCACUCGGCCUUCCAUCACCGGCACCAUUGCCGGUCGAAGGCGCCGAUAUUCGCACCACGCCCAAGAAAGAGCGUCGCUUGGUCGCAACCAAGACGCGACUGAACAAUGAGAAGAACCUGCGCAAGCGUAGCGAGUCACCCAACAAGGCUAAGAAGCCCGCACCAGUGUAUGUGGAUCUUACCUAUGUGCCGCAUAACGGCAACUCCUACUAUGCGCACGUGGACUUCUUUAAGCGCGUCCGUGCUCGCUACUAUGUCUUCUCCGGCACUGAGCCUAGCCGUCAGGUCUACGAUGCCCUGCUGGAGGCCAAGCAAACCUGGGAAGACAAAGAGCUAGAAGUUACCAUUAUACCGACGUAUGACACUGACGUGCUGGGCUACUGGGUGGCCGAGAAUGAGGAGCUGCUUGCCAAGCACCGCAUCGAUCUGUCGCCAUCCGCUUCGCGCUGCACAAUUAACUUGCAGGAUCAUGAGACCUCGUGCUCCGCAUAUCGCUUAGAGUUCUAGGCCACGGGCUUGUUUAUUGCAUUUGACGAUGACGACUAAAAGAGUUAAAUAGGAAAAACACAAACUUUUCAAAUCACUUCCACACAUAGACAGAGAUUUGAGUGCGGCCCCUCUCUCUCUCUCUCUCUCUCUCUCUGUCUCACUCUCUCUCUCUCUCUCUCUCGUAAACCUGGUUGGGGCUAACAACAGCAAAAACAAAUAAAUAAAAAAAUAAAAAAAAACACACACACGCACACAACACACAUCAAAAUGACGAUUUCCAAUUCUUGAGCUUAACGAUGACGACUAAAAGAAAAAUCAAAUCAAUAACAACGAACAUGACAACAAAGAAACAUAAGCUUGACAACAACAACAACAACAACAACAACAAAAUGCAAUAUACAAAAUGCCGUGCGCCAAAGAGGAACAACUACUUUGGAACCUAUGAUCGAACAAAAGCUGAAUAUGGCGGAGUAACGGGUCACUUGGAUGACGCCAUUUUGUUUAGCCAAUGCCGUCUAUUCGCGCUUUUUGUUGCUUUCGUUUUCCAAGUGCAACAAAAGGAGGUAAUUAAUAAAUAUUAAUUUUCAAACAAAUUAAUUACCAAAAUAAAUGCAAACCACAAAAAAAAAAAA